AUGGGGAAGAAAAAAAAAGUCGGUAAGGAGAGAAUUGAUAAGUAUUACAAGCUAGCCAAAACGGCAGGAUAUCGUGCUAGAUCCGCUUUUAAGUUAAUUCAAAUAGCUCAAAAGUUCAACGUUUUCAAAAAUGCAAAUAUAUUGAUUGAUUUAUGUGCUGCUCCUGGAGGGUGGUUACAAGUAGCAUAUAAAAACAUGAGUAAACAAAGUACUAUCAUUGGUGUGGAUUUAGUUCCAAUUAGAAAAAUUGAUGAUAACGUUAUAACGAUAAAGAGUGACAUUACAACAAGUGAUUGUAUUAAGAAAAUAAAGAAUAUCAUAAAAAUGGAUAAGGCAGAUGUUAUAUUAAAUGAUGGUGCCCCAAAUGUAGGUACAACAUACUCUUAUGAUAGUUUUAAUCAAAAUGUAUUAGUUCUUAAUAGUAUUAAAAUAGCUUAUAUAUUUUUAAAGAAGAACGGUAUAUUUAUUACAAAAGUUUUUCGAAAUGAAGAAUACAUAUCCUUAAUAUGGGUUUUAGAAAAAUUGUUUGGUGAUGUGAAACAUAUAAAACCAAGAAGUAGUAGAGAAAUAUCUUCUGAAAUUUAUUUAGUUGGUCUUAAUUUUUUAGGUAAAAAAGUAGAUAAAAAAUUAUUUGACUAUACCUAUAUUUUUAGUGAUCAAUUUAAGAAGAAUUCAAAUAAAUCAAGUUUAUUGGAAACGAAACAAGAAUCUUAUUUGGAUAAUAAUGAAAAUUAUUUUAGUGAUGAAGAAAGUAAUGAUGAGGAAAAGGUUGGGGAAAAAAUUGACAAAAAAAAGAAAAAAGGAUUAUCUACUAUUUUAAAAGAAAAAAAAAAAAAAAAUAGACAAGGAUAUGAUGUUGGUGAUGAUUAUAGAGCUACAGAUAUAUGUACCUUCAUAAAAAGUGAUAAUUAUGUUGAUUUAUUAAUAAAAAAUAAUAAAUUUACAUUUGAUAAAAAUUACAAAAAUAAUUCAGAUCCAAUGAUUAAAACUAUAUAUGAAUGCAUAUAUAAAAAUGAAUGUACAACAAAAGAAAUAUUUUUCCUUUGUAAUGAUUUAAAAGUAUUAGGUAAGUCUGAUUUAUAUAAUUUAAUCAAAUGGAGAUAUAAAAUUAAAAAGAGUGUUCUAAAUCAAACUUCAAAAAAAAAUAAUUUAGAUUUUGAUAAUCAUGAUGUGGAGCAAACUACGCAAGAAUUAUCUGAUGUGAAAGAAUCGUCACAAAUAGAUGAUUUCAAUACUAUUGUUGAUAAAAAUAUAUCAGAGAAUGAAUUAGAUAAUACUUCAGAUGAAGCUACAGAAAAAGACGAAAAAGAUCAAGUUGAUGAAAUAGAAGAAUUUUCUGCAUAUAUUGAGAAAAAAAAGAAAAAAGAACAAAAAAAAAAAGAAAAAAAAUUAAAAAAAGAACUGGAAAAAAAAAAGAAAAGUAAUAGAGGUCAUCAAUUAGAUUUUGAUGAAAAUGAGAUACAUUUUAAUAAGGAUAUACUUAAAUUGCUUAAUAAACAAAAAUUUGAAGAUCAUCUAAAAAUAUUAAAUAAUGACCAGAAGGAUGAUCUAGAAAUUGAUCAUUAUGAAGAUACUUCAAGUGAAACAGAAAAAUUAGAACACUUAAAUCAGCUAAAAAACUCAGAUUUAGACAAAUUAGAAUAUUUGGUAGAUUUAGAUUAUGAAAAACAAAAAAUGAAAGAAAAAAAAUUAAACGAAGAAAAAAGUAAUGAAAAAUUGUCCAGACGAAAAAGAGCCAUGGAUUUUAAGAAUGAAGAACUUAUGAAAAUACAAAAAAUGAUGGAAUUGAAAAAUGAACAACUGUUGAUGGAAAAAAAACUUAGAGAAUAUUUAAGUGAUGAAGAUGACGACGAAGAUGAUGAUGAUGAUGACGAUGAUGAUGAUGACGACGAUGAUAAAGAACAAGAACCAAAACAACAAAGUGAUAAACAUGGUGAUCACCAAUAUGAUAAUAAAAAAUCGAACAGUGAUAACGAUGUUGAUUCCUUAGAAACAACUCAAGAUAUAUUCAAAGAAAAUAAACAUAUAAAAAGCAUGGUAGAUAAAAUAAUUCGUUUAAGAAGGAGUGUUAAAAAUGAAGAAGAAAAAUCGAAUGUUAAUCAUUUCUUUGAUCAAAAUAUAUUUUCCAAUAUAUUUAGUCAAUUAGAUGAGGAAGAUAUAGAUGCAGAAUUUGAUAGUCAUAUUAAAAAUAAAAAGAAUGUACAAAAGAAGGAUGAUUCUGAUAAGGAUGGCUCAAUUUCUAAUGAUGAUAAUGAAAGUAUAAAAGAAAUAGAUGAACAUAAUUUACCGAAAAUACCUUUACCGGACAAAUUAGCCAAAAAAGAAAAAAAAAAAAAAUUAAAAGAAAAAUAUGGAAAUAAUGAAGUAAAAAUGAAAAAUUCUUCCUUCUCCAUAGUAAAAACAGAUGAAAAUGCACAAAACCUUAAUAAUUAUUUUUCUAAUUUAGUUAAGGAUGAAGAUGAAUUAGCUUUCAUUAAAUGUAUAGGAGAAAAGUUGAUUCAUAAAAAAAGUAGAAUGGAUCUUAUAGAUGAUUCAUUUAAUAGAUAUUCAUAUAUGGAAGAUGAAUCUAAUUUACCUGAUUGGUUCUUGGAAGAAGAAAAAAAAUACAGAAGACCUGUAAUUCCGAUUGAUAAGAAAAUAUUAGAUGAGUAUAAAGGAAAAAUUAAUAAAAUAACAAAAAUGCCUAUUAAAAAGGUUAUUGAGGCAAAAAUGAGAAAUAGAAAAAGAGAAAUAACAAAAAUGAAAAAACUUGAAGCAAAAAUUGGAAAAAUUGAAAAAAAUGAAGAUGAUCCAUUCCUUAAACAAAAGGCUAUAACGAAUUUAUUGAAGAAAAAUAAAUCAGAUAAAAAAAGAGAUAAAUCAUAUAUUGUUUGUACUGGAAAAGGAUCCAAAAUGGCGAAAAAGAAAAAGAACAAAAAGGGUAAAACGAUGGUUAAAUAUGUAGAUAAAAGACUUAAAAAAGAUAAAAAGGCUAAAAAGAGAAUAGAAAAAAAAAAAAAAAAUAUAUCGAGAACUAAAUAUUCUAAAUCGAAACCAUUUAAAUUUAGAAGAAAAAUUUAA